ACUCCCCGCAUUGGGUUCCAGCUGAAAGGGGCUCCGGUCCAGCUCCGGGGGCAGACGGCCCCCCCCACCACAUCUUGUUCUCAUUUUGCACCCCUGACAUCAGCCGCCGCCGGAAUCUCCUUGUUGUGCCUCCAACCCGCGGGAUGGGGGCUUGGGGGGGUGAAGACCUGGUCUCCGCCCCCGCAACAUCUCCCUCUGGGUCAGUAAAGACCUCAGCCCCCAGAACCAGGUGGUAGGGAUCACACCCUAGAAUCAGCCGCAAACUUUGGGGCGGGGGCAGGAGGAAAACCCAGGAGAUUGCGGUCUCCCCUCCUCCCCCCGCAGCCUCCUCCCCACCCCAGCCCCCAAACUCGGAAACCGAACCCAGCUCGCUAACCCGCGGCGGGUGGAGGAGACAGUCCAGGCUCCCGAAGCUCCCCACAUCUGGAGGAUGACGACCCUCCGCUGCCCACAUCUGGAGAGCAUCCAGCUGCAAACCAGCGGGGCACGUCUCCUCUCUUUUCCCGGCCUGGAUCUCAAGCCCCUCACCCCAAGGAGGACUGAGGCUCCUGUGCCGGGAUCCGCGCUCCCUUCGGCAAGGCGGCCGGGAGAUGGGAAGGAAGAAAUGGGGGCGCCCGGCAGAGAGUGGCGGGGGUCCGGGGAGGGCGCCCCCUCUUCUCGCGGCGCAGCUGGAGCCGGAUCUAAGGGGUCAGCAUCGUCCCAGCCCCGCGCCAGCGGCGGCGGGGGAGGGGAGGAGCGGCUCCCGGCGGGUGGGUUUGGGGGGGCGGGGGGCGGCUCCUUCCUCGGCCCGGCGGCUGGCGCACAACCCGAGGGGGUGGGCGGGGAGACCGUGGGGGGCUGUCCCGGGCGGGGGUGGAGGCGGAGAUGCCACCGCCGCCGCCGCCGCGGUGGCUGCCGAUGCCGUAGCUGUCGCCGGCGCCACCGCCUCCUCCUCCGGCCGAGACGCGGAGAGAGCGAGCGAAAGCGGCGGCGAGGAGCCCGGCGCGCGCCGCAGCUGGAUCGUUCACUCCAACUUCAAGCCUUGGCCCCGCCCCUCCCUGGCCGAGCCCGCAACCAAUCGCCGCACGCCGCCGGCUCUGAGCCGCGCGCCCAUUGGACCCCGAAUUGGACAGCAGCCAGAGGGCGGAGCUCAGCUCUGGUCAAGUCUGGAGAAGGCAGGAGGCGCACCAGCGUGCCUCGGGUGCAGAACUGAGACCGAAGUCUCCGUCCUGGGCAAGCGGAAGUGAAAAGAAUUCAGAUGUGUACCAGCGCCAACUCCCCACAAUGACUGUAAUCAUUGUACCACAAAUGGGUAUCAACAGAAAAUUUUUUAAACUAUUUUUAAAAGUCUA